ACAAUUGCGGCCGGCUAACGUCCUGGCACUUUGCUUGUUAAAAUCGGUAUCAUCUAUAGAAAAUAGUUAUUUGUGACCAAUCGGGAAGAUAGCGUACGUGUUGUUGGUGUGUUGCUGUGUUGUAGAUUUACUUUAACGCACAAUUUCAUUCAAAACAUCGUAAGGAUUCCCGUGUGUAAUACACGUCUCUGUCUUGGACCCGUCGAAACAAACGCAACGGAUUAGUAAUUUCGCGAUGGCUGAGAAAUCUGAAACCCUCGUCACUAAGGAGGAGCGAAUCAACGAAGCAAAGGAACUGUUUGGUCGCGGUAGCCGAAACUAUUGUAUGAAACAGUACGCGGACGCGGCCGACGAUUUAAGUGAAUGCUGUGCCAUCUACUCCGAGGUGCACGGGCCGAAUGCGGAAGAAUUAGGAUUGCCUUAUCUAAUGUAUGCCAAAUCGCUGAUUGCCCUCGGGAAAGAUGAGAACAAUCUGAUCGUCGCGGAGGACGCCGAAGACGACGAAGAUGAUGAAGACGAUGAUGAAGAGGGGGAGAACGAAGGCGAUGAGAAAGAACAGGCAGAAAGUAGUGAUAAAGUAAAAGAAGGGGAAGCGAUGGAUACGAAGGAACCAUCACAUGAGGAUGAUGGAGAUGGUACAGCUGCGGAAAAAGAAAGUGGAAAAGAUAACGAUACCGAGGACAAGGCUGAACAGUCAGAAGUUACUGAACCAGUUGUAGCAGGAACCAGCGGAACGAAGGAUGUAAACGGUGAACCACAGCCGGGACCCUCGACUUCCAAUGGAGAGACCAGUGUACAGGAGGAUACCGCCGACAAUUUGCAGGUUGCCUGGGAAAUCCUGGAACUGGCAGUAACCAUUUUCCAUCAACAGGGAGAAAAGGGAUACGAAAAUCUGCCCGAAUGCUACACGGAAUUGGCUGGCAUUUCCUUUGAAAACAGUUUCUUCAAGGAAGCUAUCAAGGAUUAUGUGAAAGCAUUAGAAGUUUACAAGAAAACAAAACAACCCGACCUGCGUUUGCUGGCCGAAGUGAACUACAAAGUUGGUCUGUGCUACAUGAUGGAGAAAGAGUUCGAGGAGUCGAUCAAUUCGUUCAAAGGCGCUGUAUCCGAGCUGGAGAAGGUGGUAGAGGAGGAAAAGGCGAAAGAGCAGACUGAUGACAUUAAAGAAACCAUUUUGGAUCUGGAGCAAAUGAAGAUGGAAAUUUUAGAAAAGAUUACGGAUGUCGAAGAUGCGAUGAAAACGCCCAUUGAAGAUGUAAAGCGAGAGCUUUCAAAGAUUCUCGUUUCCGGUGAGGGUGAAUCUAAUGGCAAGGAUCUAAACAAUGGUGCCGGUACCUCGUCCGCAGCGGGUAGCUCUAAUGGUUGCAGUUCGAAGUCCUCGGGAGUUACCUCUUCAAAGCCGGCAAAUGAUAUUUCGCACCUGAUCAAGAGGAAGAAACCGGACAGCGUUACCGCCGAGGUGGAAGGAUCUCCGGCGAAGAAAACCGCUUCGGAAACGGAAAACGUAGCGGCAUCGAACAACUCAAGUGCGUAAUUUAAACGAAAGAACAGUAAGGGGGGCAUUCUCUGGAUCUGGACGGAAAGGUUUUGUAGUAUCCUUUGUUCUGAUCAUUUUGUUCGCUCUCGUACUUAUGUGCUCGUGCGAAAAUCCUUAUAUCUUACGACCUUUCCACGUCUAUCGUAAGUAACUUUGGUAAAGCAGUGGCGUUGUUUUUAUAUUCUUCCGUUAUAUUCCAUUUCUUACGUUUUGAAUUAUUCAUUUAUAUGGUCUCCCAUGUCAUUUCCUUCUGUUUUUGUAUUUUAAAAUUGUUUACCGGCAUUCCUAUCUGUCCUGUGUGAGUCGCAAUUAGCAGACCGUGACAAGACAAUUGUAUCAAUAUGAUUUAUCUAAUAAAUUGAUGGAAAUUUUCAU